ACACAGAGAGACGGACAGGCUCUGGGACCUGUUGGGCAGUGUAAAGAUAAAUCACUGGGCAGCAGCAAAGCUGUAUGGCAUUGGUCUCCUUUUAAAGGAAAAAGACGUGAAACCUCGUCUCUGGAAGGGGAACUUCCCUGAGAGUCGGAUUGCACAAUGAACUGGAGGCCAGCUCUCAGCUUAGCCCUGCUGUGGGCAGCGUGGCUUGUGUGCGGCUCUGAGAAGACGGGGAGGCUACCGGAGAGAGGGAGCCAUGGAGUUAGGAAAGUGCCCCUGGCUUACAGGGCUCCAAGCAGCCUCCUGAGAAGGUCUGGAGCAUCCCUGAGGAUUUCAAGCCCGAAUCCCCAACACCCCGUCACCAAGAGGGAUUCUUCAGCACCUCCGAAGGCACCUGCCAAUCUCCUGCAAGGGGAAGUGCGUUCCCAGGCCAGGAGCACGGGGACCAGAAUGAGACGGGUACAGAGACUGACAGCUGCAGCCAAAUACUCCAAGUCCGAGAUGAUAAAGGAUGAAGGGAUAUCCUCUGCCUCACAGUCACGAGUGGUACGUUUCCCCUCGGGGUCAAGUUCUCCCAAUGUCCUGGCCAGCUUUGCUGGAAAAAAUCGGGUGUGGGUCAUUUCUGCCCCCCAUGCCUCUGAGGGCUACUACCGGCUCAUGAUGAGCCUGCUGAAAAACGAUGUUUACUGUGAACUGGCUGAGAGGCACAUCCAGCAGAUUGUGUUGUUCCAUGAAGAAGGGGAAGAAGGGGGAAAAGUCAGAAGGAUAACCAACGAAGGAAAAAUCCUGGAGCAGCCACUAGAUCCUGCCCUCAUACCUAAGCUCAUGAGCUUUCUGAAACUGGAGAAGGGGAAAUUUGGCAUGGUGCUGUUGAAGAAAACUCUGCAGGUGGAGGAAAGGUAUCCUUAUCCAGUCAGGCUAGAGGCCAUGUACGAAGUUAUUGAUCAGAGCCCCAUGAGAAAAAUUGAGAAGAUGAGGCAGAAGGGCUUCAUCCAGACUUGCAAAGCAGCUGGGGUGGAGGGACAAGUGGUUGAGGAAGGCAAUAACGGGGGCAGCACCCAGCCUACCCCUAGCAGCGGACAUGUCCAGGUGUCAGCAAGGAAGGAGGAGUCAAGGAGGAGCAAUAAUCAGCCAACAAGGAUCAAAACAGUGAGGAAACCAAUGACAACCACGGUGGCCACUCCUCUGCCUACAGUAAGGACCACUACCCUCCCUCCCACGACCACAACUACCCGUGCCACCACCCGCGCGGUGACAACAGCAAGCCGGUCUACGACAACAACUACACCCCUCCCCACCACGCAGAGGACCUGGACCACAAAAUCACAUUCCACCACAGAGUACCACAGGCUGCCAGUAGCCCCCGAUGCCACCACGCCACGACUCACAGCCUCUGAAGAUUUCUACUCUCCUGUGUGGAAGGCAAACCGCAGGGACCGGCAGCGUGGCCACCCAGAGAAACACCCGGCAGCCACACGGAAACCAAGCAAAGCUGCUCGCUAUGACAGUUUCACAGAAGUCCCAACAGCUCCCUCUGUGCACUAUACAAAGGCAAAUGUGGGUAGAUUUAAAGAUAACCGAACAGACAGGAAGGACUAUAACCAUAGGGACCUGAAUGUCACACCAGGGCAACACAAACCAACUAAGACUAAACCACCAAAAAAGAAGGCCCAAGAAAAGAUACUGAGCAAUGAAUACGAAGAUAAAUAUGACCCGAGCAAGCCUGCUAGUUCCCAUUUAGAGGAAGAGAUUGCAGUGGGAAAUAUUCCUCCAAAGAAAGGAAAAGAAUCAAAGAAGCAUGAGCGAAUGGAGAAACCUGAGAAGGAGAAGAAGAAGAAGAAGGACAGACCUGACAAGCUGCAGAAGAGCGAGAAGCAGUCCAAGAAAGACAAAGCUGAGAAAAAGAGCAAGCAGGACAAAGACCGUAGCAAGAAGAACAAGAAGGGGAGCAGGACUGAGAAUGAGGAUUUCCCCAAGCCCAACAAGAAGCCUUUCCUACAGCCUCCCAGGAAAUCGGUGAUUGACCUCCUGGAAUAUUUUGAAGGCAAAAGGCGGCUCAUUCUGAUCACGACCCCCAAGGCGGACAACACCAUGUAUGUACAGCAGCGAGACGAGUAUCUGGAAAGCUUCUGCAAGAUGGCAACAAGGAAGAUCUCAGUCAUUACAAUUUUUGGCACCAUGAACAACAGCAGCAUGAAAAUUGACCACUUCCAGCUAGAUAACGAAAAGCCCAUGAAAGUGAUAGAAGAUGAAGAUCUUGUGGACCAGCAGCUCAUCAGUGAGUUGAGGAAAGAGUACGGGAUGACCUACAAUGACUUCUUCAUGGUGCUGACGGACACUGACAUGAAGGUCAAGCAAUACUAUGAAGUACCCAUAGCAAUGAAGUCUGUGUUUGAUUUGAUUGACACCUUCCAGUCACGAAUUAAAGACAUGGAAAGACAGAAAAAAGAGGGCAUUGUCUGCAAAGAAGAUAAGAAGCAAUCCCUUGAGAGCUUCUUAUCCAGGUUCCGAUGGAGAAGGCGGCUGGUGGUCAUCUCCGCUCCCAGUGAUGAGGACUGGGCUUAUUCCCAGCAGCUUGCUGCUCUCAGUGGACAAGCCUGCAAUUUUGGUCUACGCCAUAUAACUAUCCUCAAAUUACUAGGACUUGGAGAAGAUAUUGGUGGCGUCUUAGAGUUGUAUCCAAUUAAUGGAAGCUCUACUGUAGACCGAGAAGAUAUCCCAGCUAAUUUGGUGAAAGACAUUAGAAAUUAUUUCCAAAUUAGCCCAGAAUAUUUCUCCAUGCUUCUAGUUGGGAAAGAUGGAAACGUCAAAUCCUGGUAUCCUUCUCCAAUGUGGUCUAUGGCGAUCGUGUAUGAUCUGAUUGAUUCCAUGCAGCUUCGGCGACAGGAAAUGACAAUUCAGCAAUCGCUCGGCAUGCAGUGCCCAGAUGAUGAGUAUGGUGGGUAUGGUUACCAUAGCUAUCACCAGGGAUACCAGGAAGGUUACCAAGAUGACUACCGUCACCACGGAAGCUACCACCAUGGAUAUCCGUACUGAAAAGAGCAACUUAGCCUCCGAGUGCCCCGCGUCUGUCUUCUAAUAGCUAUCCAAGCAAUAGGUGGCCAGUUGCAGAAAGUCUUCCCAAGCCACCUAGAUAUCCAUGCCUCAUUCUUCCACUGUUCAAUCAAGGGACUUUGGUCAUUUGCCUUCUCAAAAAUGCAGAAGCCUUUACAGUGAAGCAAUUCAAACCAGUAGUAUUGAAGCUUUAAACAAUAAAGACUCCUUUAUAUUUUUAAACCUUUAUAAACAAAGGGCAUCAGCAGGUGCUGUCUGUAUUAAAACCAAACAAAAAAAACCCACAGCCCCAGUUCAUGAACACUACUGUAAGGCAGGACACGAACUGUCCAACAAAUAUUGCAAUGCUCUUUUUAGUAUUUUUUCCUAAGGAGAAAAAAAUAGUUGGUUUUUUUUUUUUUCUAAGGACUAAAAAAAUAGAUGUAUUUAUUGGGAAGUGAGAUUGCAUUUUGCUCAUGAAGACAAGCAAAGAAUCACACUUCAGGACUCCCAGAAAAGGAAAAUUUUAAGAGAGAAGCAUGGGGCAGGCUCUUGAAUCAUAACAACAACAAUAAUAAUAAUAAAAUCCUUUUGAAGUACCUUGUCUAAAAAGACAGCAUCCCUUCUACAGUGCAUUAACAUUGUAAUUAGCUGACUUUAUCAAUGAAAAUAAGAAUCUAUGGCUAUGGCAGGAUUUGUUCCAAUACAAUACAAUGUAAAGUUCUUAACUACAAAGCUUGCUGCAUGGCCGUUUAUUCUUUUAAUUGGGGUCCCUGUUCUCUUACGUCCUGCCCACCUGACAGUUAAAUCCAAGUUAAUGAGAGCUAAGUGGAAACACCAACCAUAGUUAGCAUUGCCUGAAAUACAGAAAACUGAAAAGCAUUAUUUUCAUCAGAAAAAAAGGAAAAAAUUCUCAUUCAUGUAUAUUUUAAAUGAGUUGUAACUAGCUCUCUAUAACAAUGUUUUUGAUUAAACUAUUGCUCUAAAUUUCGAAUUUCCUUCUACCUCUUCUUCUCAUACCCUCCCCCAUGAAAAAAAAAAAAAAAUCUAGACUAUAUGUUUAUAAAACUAUUCAGGAAUAAUUUGAUCUGCUACUCAACCAGCUCUAUUUCUGCCACACUUUCUGAAACGGUUUUCUCCUGUCUCAUUGGUGUCUUUGGGCAUCGGAUCUGUUGCACCACCCUACUCCUGCUGAAGUCAGUGGCAGGAACUGCAUGCAUAGCCAUGCUUUCAACACCAUUUGGGUUAGAUUUCUAAACAUUAAAGACCCAGCAGAAAGAUUCAGGAAUUUUCUGAACUGAAAGUAUCAUGCAAGCCUUCAUAGUGGCACGGUGGUCACUUCUAAUGUUGAAGGCAUGCCUGACCAGUCACAUUUCUUUUUAUAAUCUGUGACUUGGAUGCACGUGCCAUGUAUAGAUACAGGCAACAGGGCACUCUCACUAGGUUUUGCCAUCACAGCAGUAGCACAGGAAUAGGGAGAAGCUACAGCUCGAAGCAUGCCCCACAGUUUGAGUUUUAGCAUUUCGCCAAUCCUUUUUUUUUUUGGCCCAGACAAAAACAGAACUGGGUAAAGCAACAAGUUCACUCAAAACCAGAUCCUUUCUUUAGAAAUUCAGUCACAAAAGGUCAGACCUUGCUUCCCCUUCUGAAUGUCAGAAAGGCAGACAGAUGUGGAGAGGUCACAGGGCCUGGCCAGUUCUUCCUUAGCUUUACAAACCUGGUCUCCCUCUGGGGCAGGCUGCCUGCUGUACCACAAACAGAGGGUGCAGCUCCCGACUUGCCUCUCUCAGGUGACUGAAGGUAAGUGGAGGAAGGCAGGCAUUUGACAGAACCAUUCUGAGAGGACUGCUGCAUGCAGAGAGCUUCCAAGCUCUCAUUAACUACAACACUUCCACAGCUGAAAGCAGUGGACAGAGAAAUUCAAAAAACCAAAGAGAAGCUAUAAAAAAGAAUCACAGAACUGAAAGGUUUCUGGAAGAAAAUGGGAGGUCCUAUAGCUCAGUUUUAGAAAACAAGUGCUUAUUGCAUCAGUGUAUUAAGGUCAGCUGCCUAACUUUCUUUGCCUAAAGCAAAAGCAGAGGAAAGUAUACCAGAUGUCUAACAGCCACUUCCUGUAGAGAAAAAGAAACAUCUUUGGGUGUUUUCUUUCAGGUGUUCAUUUCAACUUUUCUGUAAUCUUGUUUUCCAUGUAACGUCUUUAAAUUAAAG